UCAGGGGAAGAACCGCCCCAGGCGAGAUUGAGCUCUUGCUGGAGAACGAGUAUUAAUACGGCAACGACCUGCCCUUGGGACCUGCUGUUUCCCUCUCCUCUCCAUCAUUCUGGACACCAACUCAGCGAGUUCUUUACUCCGUUCCCUCUCUAAUAACUACCCAGUUAAUCAGACCUUAGUCACUCUUUUUUUCAAUUCUUAAUCUCUACAAACCUUCACAAUGAAGUUCCUCAGCACCGCGCUCGCCGCCGUCAUGGCUGGUUCUGCCAUGGCCGCUCCGGUCCUCGAGAACACCACUUCCUGCCCCUGCAACAACGGCGGCGACGACGGCUACGACGUCGACGCCCCUACCGUCGACCUCCCGACCGCUUACAGCACCACCGCGGUCACCAUCAGCACCGCCACCACCGUCGCCACCACCGUCGCCACCACGGUCCCCAUCUCCCUCAACACCUCGGUGCCCGUCCCCAACGGUGAUGACGGCGCCGACGUCGACGUCGACACUGCCGACGUCGUCGUUGUCGUCAAGACCGUCGUCGCGACCGUCGUGGACGUCGAGGCCAAGGUCAAGGGCCACCUCGACCUGAUCGCCCAGAUCUGCGCUGGCGCCGACAUCGACGCCCAGGCCCUCCUCAAGGUUCUCGUCGAUCUCAAGGUCGACCUCCAGGUCCUCCUUGACCUCGUUCCCAAGCUCAACGGUCUCGUCAUCGACGCCAACGCCCUUGUUGCCGCCGACGUCCAGGUUAUCCUCGACCUCGUUGUCCGCGUUGAGGCCCUCAUCGCCGAGAUCCAGACGGUUCUGGCCGGUCUCGCCAAGCUCAAGGCCGAAAUCCUUGCUGUGAUCGGUGUCGAGCUGCACGCCUGCCUGGACCUGGUCGUCUCCAUCGUCGGACCCGUCGUCAACUUCGCCCUCGCCGUCGUUGCUAAGCUCAGCGCCAUUGUCGAGCUCAAGGUCCUCGUCGGCCAGGUCUCGGCCGUCGUCGGCAAGCUCAACGCCCACAUCAGCGCCCUCCUUCACGUUCUCGGCCCCGUCUUCAAGCUCCUCCACCUCUAAGUGAGAGGCAAAGCCGAAAACCAAAAGCAGGGGGAAGGUGGUCGAUCUUUCGAGGCAUUCUAGCUGAGCAUCCCCCGGGGGGGCGUGUGCGAAGCGGAAGUGCAUGAGCAAAAGGGGUUUCGUGUUAUACUUCUACUGUACCUAGUUAAUGUAUAAUUCUAAAACCGACCCCUGUGCAUGGCUGUAGUUUUGUGAGCUGUCCUGGUGCAAUGAGAAUUAUCGAAUGUAUUAAUCAUGUGAACUUCGAACAUCCUUAUGUUUGAAAUCAAUACCGUGAAAACCCAGCUUCGGACGGAUAGGGAUUGUAUUAUUAGUUUUCGA